CCAAUCAGCACGCCCGGAGGCGCGGAGUGGGCGGAGACACGAAGUUAUAAAGGGAAGGGAACGGCCGAGGGGAGCUCCGAGCGCCACGUGGAGGGGCAGCGGCCGGGCAGGGCGGGAGCGCCAUGGCCUCCAACGAUUACAGCCAGACGGCGACACAGAGCUACGGGGCGUACCCAGCCCCGCCGACACAGGGCUACUCGCAGCAGAGCAGCCAACCCUACGGGCAGCAGAGCUACAGCAGCUACAGCCAGCCGGCCGACGGGGCGGCCUACAGCCAGAGCAGCUACAGCUCCUCCUACGGACAGGCGCAGAGCAGCUACAGCACGCAGUCGACGCCGCCCACCUACGGCAGCAGCGGAGGCUACGGCGGUGGGCAGAGCUCCCAGCCCUCCUAUGGGCAGACCUCCUCCUACCCCAGCUACAACCAGCCGCCCUCCGCCAGCUCCUCCGCCGGCAGCUAUGGGGGCAGCUCGCAGAGCUCCAGCUACGGGCAGCCUCCCAGCUCCGGCUACAGCCAGCAGUCCUCAUACAGCAGCCAGCAGCCCUCCUACAGCCAGCAGUCCUCAUACAGCGCCCCGCAGAGCUACAGCCAGCAGAGCCAGUACAGCAACAGCGGCUCCUCCAGCAGCUAUGGGCAGGAGCAGGCCCCAAUGAGUGGCUCGGGGGGAUACCAGGAGCAGAGCUACGGCGGGCAGCAGGAGCGCAGCCGUGGGCGAGGAGGGUACGGCCGGGGCGGCUACGAGCGCGGGGGCCGCGGUAGCCGGGGCGGCCGUGGAGGCAACAUGGGCGGUGGUGAGCGUGGUGGCUUCAAUAAAUUUGGUGGACCCCGGGACCAAGGGCCAAGGCAUGACCCUGGUGAGCAGGACAACUCGGACAACAACACCAUCUUUGUGCAAGGCCUGGGGGAGAACGUCACCAUCGAGUCGGUGGCCGACUACUUCAAGCAGAUUGGCAUCAUUAAGACCAACAAGAAGACGGGGCAGCCCAUGAUCAACCUGUACACGGACCGCGAGACGGGCAAGCUGAAGGGCGAGGCCACGGUGUCCUUCGACGACCCCCCCUCCGCCAAAGCCGCCAUCGAUUGGUUUGACGGCAAAGAAUUUUCCGGCAACCCCAUCAAGGUUUCCUUCGCCACCCGGCGCGCCGACUUCAACCGCGGCGGCGGCGGCGGUCGGGGAGGACGCGGGAGGGGAGGCCCCAUGGGACGCGGGGGGUUCGGCGGCGGCGGCGGUUCCGGAGGUGGAAACCGCGGCGGUUUCCCCAGCGGCGGCGGCGGGCAGCAACGUGCAGGGGACUGGAAAUGCCCCAAUCCGGCCUGCGAGAACAUGAACUUCUCGUGGCGCAAUGAAUGCAACCAAUGCAAAGCGCCCAAACCCGACGGCCCCGGAGCGCCGCACAUGGGAGGAAAAUACCCCGGCGGCGGCCGCGGGGGGAACCACAUGGGAGGAGGCGGUGGAUUCGGAGAGGAGCGGCGCGGAGGGCGCGGAGGAUUCGAGCGCGGGGGGUUCAGAGGAGGAAGAGGAGGGGAACGAGGGAACUUCCGAGGAGGACGAGGUGGUGAGAGGGGAGGAUUCGGGCCUGGGAAGAUGGAUUCCAGGUACGGCACGGAGCAGGGCUUGGGUGCUGCUUCUUCUCAGCGGGUCCUUCUUAACCCCAAGCCUGGGUUCUUAAACCCUGAGUUCUGGGGGCAGAAAGAGCAGAUUUGGGUUCUUGUUAAUCCUGAGCCUCCUCGUGGUUUGAGGGCAGGAAGAGCAGAUUUGGGUCCUUCUUAACCCUGAACCUCAUCGUUGUUUGGGGGUAGAAAACCCAACUUUGGGUCCUUGUUAACCCUGAUCCUCCUCAUGGUUUGAGGGCAGGAAGAGCAGAUUUGGGUUCUUCCUAACCCUGAACCUCAGCAUUGUUUGGGGGCAGAAAACCCAACUUUGGGUCCUUGUUAAUCCUGAACCUCAUCAUGGUUUAGGCUCAGAAACCCCAAAUUUGGGUCCCCGUUAACCCUAAAUACUGCUGGUUUGAGCUCAGAAACCCCAAAUUUGGGUCCCCCUUAACCUUAAAUUCCUGCUGCUUUGGGCUCAGAAACCCCAAAUUUGGGUCCUUGUUAAUCCUGAGCCUCCUUGAGGUUUGGGAUCAAAGAGCCCAGAUUCGAGUCCCUAUUAACCCUAAAUCCUGCUGGUUUGGGGUCAGAAACCCCAAAUUUGGGUCCCCAUUAACCCUAAAUUGCUGGUUUGGGGUCAGAAACCCCAAAUCUGGGUCUCCAUUAACCCUAAAUCCUGCUGGUUUGGGGUCAGAAACCCCAAAUUUGGGUCUCCAUUAACCCUAAAUCCUGCUGGUUUGGGCUCAGAAACUCCAAAUUUGGGUCCCUAUUAACCCUAAAUCCUGCUGGUUUGGGGUCAGAAACCCCAAAUCUGGGUCCCCAUUAACCCUAAAUUGCUGGUUU